GCGGCGGCGGCGGCAGCAGGAGCCCGGCGCGAUCCGUUAGGUCCCAGCCCAGCGCUGACAGAGCAGGCGACGUGGAGGGGCCCGUCCUCCACCAGCCCGGGAGCACCGCGCAGAGACUCCGGCCGCACCGCUUGGGACCGCCUGCCCUGCUCUGACAGCCGCGCCGGCGUCCUCCCCGCCGGGGCGCUCGCCGGACAUGCCCCCGGGGUGCGGCGGCGGGGACCCCGGGGCUUGCCUCCGCCCAGGGCCCCCCGCCCCGCCCUCGAGUGCCCCGGGCCCCUGCUGAACACGCCUCCCGCACGCCUGGGUCCCUCCGGCCCGCGCGCAGACCGGCCCCAGCGCUGUGGGUCCCUGCGGGGCUAUGGGCUGAUGGGCGCCGGGGGAUGCAGGAUGCGGGGGGCGCCCGCUCGCCUGCUGCUGCCGCUGCUGCCGUGGCUUCUGCUCCUGGCGCGCGAGAUUCGGGGCGCGCCCGGCUGCCCCGUCCCCAUCCGCAGCUGCAAGUGCUCUGGGGAGCGGCCCAAGGGGCUAAGCAGCGGCGCCCCCAACCCGGCGCGUAGGAGGGUGGUGUGCGGCGGCGGGGACCUCCCGGAGCCUCCCGAGCCCGGCCUCCUGCCUAACGGCACCGUUACCCUGCUCUUGAGCAACAACAAGAUCACUGGGCUCCGGAAUGGAUCCUUCUUGGGACUGUCCCUGCUGGAGAAGUUGGACCUGAGGAAUAACGUCAUCAGCACAGUGCAGCCCGGGGCCUUCCUUGGCCUGGGGGAGCUGAAGCGCUUAGACCUCUCCAACAACCGGAUUGGCUGUCUCACCUCUGAGACCUUUCAAGGCCUCCCCAGGCUUCUCCGACUAAACAUAUCUGGAAACAUCUUCUCCAGUCUGCAACCUGGGGUCUUUGAUGAGCUGCCAGCCCUUAAGCUUGUGGACUUCGGCACUGAGUUCUUGACUUGUGACUGUCGCCUGCGCUGGCUGCCUUCCUGGGCCCAGAAUCACUCCUUGCAGCUGUCCGAGCGCACACUCUGUGCCUACCCCAUUGCCCUUCAUGCCCAGGCCCUGGGCGGCCUCCAGGAGUCCCAGCUGCGCUGCGAGGGGACCCUGGAGCUACACACGCACCACCUCAUCCCAUCCCUACGCCAAGUGGUGUUCCAGGGUGACCGCCUGCCCUUCCAGUGCUCCGCCAGCUACCUGGGCAAUGACACCCGCAUCCGUUGGUACCACAACCGGGCCCCCGUGGAGGGCGAUGAGCAGGCGGGCAUCCUCCUGGCCGAGAGCCUCAUCCACGACUGCACCUUCAUCACGAGUGAGCUGACCCUGUCUCACAUCGGUGUGGGGGCCUCAGGCGAAUGGGAGUGCUCCGUGUCCACGAUCCAGGGCAACGCCAGCAAGAAGGUCGAGAUUGUGGUGCUGGAGACCUCCGCCUCCUACUGCCCAGCUGAGCGUGUCGCCAACAACCGAGGGGACUUCAGGUGGCCUCGAACUCUGGCUGGCAUCACAGCCUACCAGUCCUGCCUGCAGUAUCCCUUCACCUCGGUGCCCCUGAGCGGGGGUGCCCCUGGCACUCGGGCCUCCCGCCGGUGUGACCGAGCUGGCCGCUGGGAGCCAGGGGACUACUCCCACUGUCUGUACACCAACGACAUUACCCGGGUGCUCUACACCUUCGUGCUGAUGCCCAUCAAUGCCUCCAAUGCACUGACCCUGGCCCACCAGCUGCGCGUGUACACAGCCGAGGCUGCUAGCUUCUCAGACAUGAUGGACGUAGUCUAUGUGGCUCAGAUGAUCCAGAAAUUUUUGGGUUAUGUCGACCAGAUUAAAGAGCUGGUGGAGGUGAUGGUGGACAUGGCCAGCAACCUGAUGCUGGUAGAUGAGCACCUGCUUUGGCUGGCCCAGCGUGAGGACAAGGCCUGCAGUGGCAUCGUGGGUGCUCUAGAGCGCAUUGGGGGGGCCGCCUUGAGCCCCCACACCCAGCACAUCUCUGUGAACUCAAGGAACGUGGCACUGGAGGCCUACCUCAUCAAGCCGCACAGCUAUGUGGGCCUGACCUGCACAGCCUUCCAGAGGAGGGAGGCAGGUGGGCCUGGAGCCCGGCCCGCGGGCCUUGGCCAGAACCCCCUUCCUGAGCUGGAGCCCCUGGCUGAUCAGCAGCUCCGCUUCCGCUGUACCACCGGGAGGCCCAACAUUUCUCUGUCCUCCUUCCACAUCAAGAACAGCGUAGCCCUGGCCUCCAUCCAGCUGCCGCCCAGUCUGUUCUCAUCCCUUCCGGCUGCCUUGGCUCCCCCAGUCCCUCCAGACUGCACCCUGCAACUGCUCAUCUUCCGAAAUGGCCGCCUCUUCCGCAGCCAUGGCAACACCUCCCGCCCUGGAGCCGGGGGGCCUGGCAAGAGGCGUGGCGUGGCCACCCCAGUCAUCUUUUCAGGAACAAGUGGCUGUGGUGUGGGAAACCUGACGGAGCCAGUGGCAAUUUCCCUGCGGCACUGGGCUGAGGGGGCCGAACCCGUGGCAGCUUGGUGGAGCCAGGAGGGGCCCAGCGGGGCUGGGGGCUGGAGCUCCGAAGGCUGCCAGCUGCGCUCCAGCCAGCCCAACGUCAGCUCCCUGCACUGCCAGCACUUGGGCAAUGUGGCCGUGCUCAUGGAGCUGAGUGCCUUUCCCAGGGAGGUGGGGGGCUCGGGGACGGGGCUGCAUCCGGUGGUGUACCCCUGCACAGCCCUGCUGCUGCUCUGCCUCUUCUCCACCAUCAUCACCUACAUCCUCAACCACAGCUCCAUCCAUGUGUCCCGGAAGGGCUGGCACAUGCUGCUGAACCUGUGCUUCCACAUGGCCAUGACCUCCGCCGUCUUUGCAGGAGGCAUCACACUCACCAACUACCAGAUGGUCUGCCAGGCGGUGGGCAUCACUCUGCACUACUCUUCACUGUCCACUCUGCUCUGGAUGGGUGUGAAGGCCCGCGUCCUCCACAAGGAGCUCACCUGGAGGGCGCCCCCUCCACAGGAAGGGGACUCUGCCCCACCUGCUCCCCGCCCCAUGCUCCGGUUCUAUUUGAUCGCUGGAGGGAUUCCACUCAUUAUCUGUGGCAUCACAGCUGCUGUCAACAUCCACAACUACCGGGACCACAGCCCCUACUGCUGGCUGGUGUGGCGUCCAAGCCUAGGAGCCUUCUACAUCCCGGUGGCUUUGAUUCUGCUGAUCACCUGGAUCUAUUUCCUGUGUGCAGGGCUGCGUUUGAGGGGUCCUCUGGCACAGAGCUCAAAGGGAGUCACGAGCAGGGCCUCCCUGGACCAAGGGGAGGAGCUGAGGGGUUCCAGCAGGCUCAGGAGCAGCGGCCCCCUCCUGAGUGACUCGGGUUCCCUUCUGGCCACUGGGAGCGCAGGGGUGGCGACACCUGGACCCCCAGAGGAUGGUGAUGGCCUCUAUUCUCCGGGAGUCCAGCUGGGGGCACUGGUGACCACGCAUUUCCUGUACCUGGCCAUGUGGGCCUGUGGGGCUCUGGCAGUGUCCCAGCGCUGGCUGCCCCGGGUGGUGUGCAGCUGUCUGUACGGGGUGGCGGCCUCGGCCCUGGGCCUCUUCGUCUUCACCCACCACUGUGCCAGGCGCAGGGACGUUAGGGCCUCCUGGCGCGCUUGCUGCCCUCCUGCCUCGGCCUCUCGCGCCUCACCCCAAGCUGUGCCCGCAGCCCCAGAGGACGGUUCCCCAGUGUUCGGAGAGGGACCCCCUUCGCUUAAGUCUUCCCCGAGUGGCAGCAGCGGCCACGCACCGCCCCCAGGCCCCUGCAAGCUCACCAACCUGCAGCUGGCCCAGAGUCAGGUGUGCGAGGUGGGGGUGGCGGCCCAUGGAGAAGGGGAGCCAGAGCCCGUGAGCUCCCGUGGGAGCCUCGCCCCCCGCCACCCCAACAACCUGCCCCAUGGGCGCCGAGUGCACAAGAGUCGGGCCAAGGGGCACCGCUCGGGGGAGGCGGGAAGCAAGAACCGGCUCAAGGCGCUGCGCGGGGGCGCAGCGGCCGGGGCGCCCGAGCUACUGUCAAGCGAGAGCGGCAGCCUGCACAACAGCCCGUCUGACAGCUACCCGAGCAGCAGUCGCAACAGCCCUGGCGCCUGCCUCCAGCUGGAGGGCGAGCCCACGCUCACGCCGUCUGAGGGCAGCGACACCAGCGCCGCGCCGCUCCCGGAGGCGGGCAGGCCAGGCCAGCGCCGCAGCGCCAGCCGCGAUAACCUCAAGGGCGCGCUGGAGAAGGAGAGCAAGCGCCGCUCGUACCCGCUCAACACAGCCAGUCUGAACGGCGCCCCCAAGGGCGGCAAGUACGACGACAUCACCAUGACCGGCACUGAGGCAGCCGGUGGCGGCUGCAUGAAGACAGGCCUCUGGAAGAGCGAGACCACUGUCUAGGGCGGGGCGGGUGACACUUUAGGACAGGCUGGCCACACAGGCUUGUUACCCUGGCUUCUCUGGGGCCCUCAAAGGCGUCUAUGGGUACAUCAAGUUUGAGUUGGCAG